UAUUAGGUACAAUACUAAUGUGAAUACUACAGUAUUAACGCGAAUACUAAUGUGUAUGCUAAGGUGAAGUGAGUUACGUCAAUGAUUGUUUGAGUUCGGUUUUUGUACAUGCUCUGCCUGGGUCAGUUAUCGUCAGUAUUUACAUAAAACUAUUUCCAAGACACCAGCAUUCUGGUUGUUGGUCGAUCAUUUAACGCCGUAAGACAAUCCUUUCAGGGUAUGGUGGCCCAAUACACAUCUUAUCCGCAUGUGGACAGGCCCCCUCUCGCGUGGCUUAUUUUACCCCUUAGUACCCCGAAGUCAACUUGGUUACUUGGUACAGUUCAAGUUCAAGGUUACUUCCAGCUUGUCAGCCCGGUACUGAUGACUGAUAACCGAUGACUGAUGGCUAUGGCUGAUCGUGGCUGUGGGCUCGACAUGGGCAAGAGGCACAGAAAUACCAUCACUCAGGAUGAUCAUCUCGUUUUUUUUUUUGUUUUUUUUUUUAAAAAAAAAAAACAACUAACUAUUCCUUCAUAGUACUUUUUUUCAAAGUGGCUCUGGAAUAGGCGAAUAGGCUAUCAUGAGAAAUAGCUAGCCGAAGCUGUGUGAACAUGCAAAGACGAAAAUGGAAAAGUCGUCAUCAACCCUAUGACAAUGAAUACGGUCUCGCAUGUCAAACAGAAAAAACAGCCAAAACACUCUCGUGUAAGCGCGCCCAAAACCAGAACAGGCUGCAUCACUUGCAAGAGGCGCCACAUAAAAUGCGAUGAGGCCAAACCCCAUUGUAGCAACUGUCUCAAAGCUCGACGGCAUUGUGAAGGCUACCCAGAGCCAAGGAGUGCAGCAGACGCCCCUGGCUUUGUGCAGUUCUGUUGGGACUCCAGGCCCACGACGACGAUAACGCGUCGCGCGCGCCCGAGACUGUUGCUGUCCCCGCCACUAAACACGGAAUCCCUCGCUUUUCGGGAUGGCGUCGCGGCGCUCUACUUCCAGGAGUUUGUGGCCUUGGUCCGCGGACCUUGGAUCACGGCGGCGUCGAACGGCGACUUGUGGGGGGUGACGCUGCCGCAGCUCGCGCGCAACAACGAUACCCUCCGCCAGGCCGCCAUCGCCAUCGGCGCGCUCGGCGUGUGGCAUAGCAAAUCCAAGCACGAGUCGCUCCGCGCAGUUUCCGUGCCGACUCGUCUGGUAGCGGAGCGAGAUUCUCAUUAUUUCCAUGCCGUCUCGUACUACUGCCAUUCUCUCAAGCUGCAGAGCCAGAAGUCUUCUGUGCAGGAUGCGGUUUUCUUGUCAAUACUGCUCUUGUUCUUCGAAUCGCUGCGCGGUAACAAGAAAGCCGCCUUGUCCCACGUGAACCAUGCCCUGGCUAUGCUGCUGGCGCUCCUGACGGACGCUGAUGCAGAUCGUCAUAAGGCCGAGCUGGGACCCAAUCCCGAGCCCCUGCUUGCCUCGGUAGCAGACAUCUACACACACCUGGCUUCGCAGGCUCGAACUGUUCUGCACGGUAGGAUCGGCCAUGGGCCGCCCCUCCCCAGCCUCGCGAAGGGGUUGAAGAGUAGGAAGCAGACGAUGGAAUCUUUUAUCGUACUGCUAAGCCAGCUACCUCGCUCCACCGUGGCCAUCGACCGCAUCCCCUCCGUGUUCAACAGCCUAGACGAGUACGAGGAAUACUGGCUCGCGGUCCAGCGCGCCCAAACCGCCAUGACUCCAAUCAUGGUAGAAACCAUGCGCGCCUCCGGCGUCUUCGGCUCCCAAGACGCGAACCGGCUCGACGCCUUCUACGCCGACAUCCUCGACAACCCGCGCAUCCAGAAAUUCUGCGGCGACACCAGAAAAGCAAUGCACGCCCUCGACGCCGCCUUCCUCCCGCUCUUCAAUAAAAUCAUCACCACCACGGACUCCGCAUCCCCCGCGCGCCUCCGCGCCAUCCACCUGCGCCUCCAAUUCCUCGGCGUCUACAUCUUCGACGACACCCCCUCCUACCGCUCCCCCGCCGCCAUGUCAUCGCGCACCCCGCUCUUCCAAUCCUACCUCUCCCUCGCCGCCGCCGCCCUGCACACCGCCAGGCACGAGGUCGCGGGCAAGCGGAACCCCGCGCUCUCGCUCGCCCUGCAGUGCGGGCUGUCCUGGCGGCUGCUCGUCGUCGCGCUCUUCUGCCGCGACGCACGGACCCGCGACGAGGCGGUGCGGAUGCUGGGGGAGUACCCCGGGCAGGAUGGGCUGUGGGAUACGAGGGCGCUGUAUGUGCUUGCGCGGAGGAAUAGGGAGGUGGUGGAGAGAGGGGAGGGGGAGGGGACGCGGGAGGAGCAGUGGGGGAGGCUGUUGAGGAGGGAGUUUGUGUUUGAGGAGGGGGGGGAGAGGGUUGUGUUGAGAUAUUUGGAUAGGGAUGGGGAUGGGGGGUGGAGGUUGGUGGAGGAGGUGGCGGAGAUGGGGGGAGGGGGAGAGGGAGAGGGAGAGGGAGAGGUAAAGUGGACACGAAGGCCGCUUACGGGGUCUGGGGGGCCGCUUGUGGUGGACUUGUAUGCUGCGCAGGAUGGGUGAGUCGGAGUUGUUAGAGGCGUUAAAGCCUGUCUAGGUAGGUAGAUAUCUAGCCUGGGUUCUUAGGUUUGGCGAUUUUGACGAUCAAAGCCGUAUAUCGAUGGGGAUAUAAUAUUUGGGUAAGCUACCUGAUGGGCUAUCUUACGAGGAAGUCUAUAUAUACGAAUUCAACUACCAUUAAAUAAUAGGUACGGUAUAUACUAAGUACUAAGCUCGGCUCUAAUCUCUUCCCUCCUCAUUCAGGCCACACCUUCCCCACCAACGUAAACGUCCUCGGAUCCGCCUCAUCAACCGCGUACUCCCAGAUCUGCCCGUCCGCUAUCCCGUAGAACAUGGCGUCCGUCGUCAUCGCGAUCGCCGAGAAGUUCGUCGACUGCUG